AUGGUCAAUCCCUCCGGCCCUGUUUCCGGAAAAGGACCCAUCACCCACGUCAUCUUCGACAUGGAUGGUCUUUUACUCGAUACGGAGAAAUUCUACACUGAAGUCCAAGAAAUCAUACUUGCUAGAUACAAUAAAACUUUUGAUUGGUCUCUCAAGGCAAAAAUGAUGGGGAGGAAGGCGAUGGAAUCAGCUAGGAUCUUUGUUGAGGAGUCUGGGAUUAGUGACUCUCUUUCAGCUGAGGACUUUCUUGCAGAAAGGGAGUCAAUGCUGCAAAAACUAUUUCCAACAAGUGACCUGAUGCCAGGGGCAAGCCGUUUGAUCAGACAUCUCCAUGCAAAAGGAAUACCAAUUGCCGUGGCAACUGGCUCUCACAAGCGCCAUUUUGAUUUGAAAACACAAAGACACGGUGAGCUUUUCUCAUUGAUGCAUCAUAUUGUUCUUGGAGAUGAUCCAGAAGUUAAACAAGGCAAACCAUCACCGGAUGUAUUCCUAGCUGCAGCCAGAAGAUUCGAGGGUGGCCCAUUAGAUCCACAGAAGAUUCUUGUUUUUGAAGAUGCACCUGCAGGUGUUCUUGCAGCUAAGAAUGCUGGAAUAGAGAUGGAUUGGUUGCAUUCAGGGUGGUUGCCUUCCUCUCUGAAAGAUUUCGAAGCCGAUGAUUUCAAUGAUUUUAACCAGGGUGGUUUGAUCUUGAUCGUGUCCUUCCCUUCUGCUCCUCCUCCUCCUCCUCCUAUGAAGCUGUCAGCGGUAAUGGUUCCAGAUCCGAGGCUGGAUAGCUCUCAUCAUGACACUGCAGAUCAAGUUUUAAGUUCGCUGUUGGAUUUCGACCCAAAAUUUUGGGACCUGCCUCCUUUUGAGGAUGUGGAAAGCUGA